GGAUAAAUGGGUGUAUAUGACUUUUUCCCUGAUCUAAAGUGGUUCCAUGUCUUGUUUGGACUGUUCCUGUAUCCUCCGUACACCAGUUGAAUCCAUCAGACCAGAAGAACUAUCUCAGAGCAGUGACCAUGAAUGCCUGGCUGAUUCUGAUCUAGCCUGGAUUCCCCCAUCUGCAGGAAGGAAUGAAAUCGUAUUUUGCUCUUCUAAUGUCUCUCACUAUGAACUCCAGCUGGAAAUAGGAAGGAGGUUCAACAACUUAACUUCAGUCUACCUUGCACGGCAUACGCCUACAGGCAUGCAAGUUGCUGUAAGGAUCACAGACCUAGAAAACUGCUCUGAAGAGCAUUUGAAAGCCUUACAGAAUGAAGUGGUUUUAUCCCACUUUUUCCAGCAUCCCAACAUAAUGACGCUUUGGACAGUGUUUACAGCUGGUAGUUGGCUUUGGGUUAUCUCCCCAUUCAUGGCCUAUGGUUCGGCUAGACACCUGCUGAAGACUUACUUUCCUGAAGGAAUGAGUGAAGCUUUGAUAGGGAACAUUCUAUUUGGUGCAAUCAGAGGAUUAAAUUACAUGCACCAGAACGGCUACAUUCACAGGAAUAUUAAAGCUAGCCACAUUCUGAUUUCAGGGGAUGGGCUGGUUUCUCUUUCUGGCUUAAACAACCUCUACAGUUUAGUUAACAAUGGACAAAAGUCAAAGGUGGUAUAUGAUUUCCCCCAAUUUAGUACAUCCGUGCUUCCUUGGCUGAGUCCUGAACUGCUGAGACAGGAUUUGUCUGGGUAUAACAUGAAAUCUGACAUUUACAGUGUGGGAAUUACAGCAUGUGAAUUAGCCAAUGGACAUGUUCCUUUUCAAGAUAUGCCUCGCACUCAGAUGCUGCUGCAGAAGCUGAAAGGUCCCACAUAUUGUCCUUGGGAUAUAAAUACCUUCCCCUGUGGGGAAUCCAGGAUGAAGAAUUCCCGAUCAGGUGUUGACUCUGGAAUUGGUGAGAGUAUGACACGCACAAUGACCAGUGAAAGACUGCAAAUUCCCUUUUCCAAAACGUUUUCACCUGCUUUCCACAACUUGGUAGAACUUUGCUUGCAACAGGACCCUGAGAAAAGGCCAUCAGCAAGCAGUUUGCUUUCGCAUACGUUCUUCAGACAGAUAAAAGAACAAACACAGAAUUCACUACUGUCUCUAUUACCACCUCCUAUUCAAAAGGACAGACCAGAGUACUUGGUAGUGCCCUCAACAGUAGUUGGGACUGAACGUGGACAUACUGCAGGUCACGAUGAUACAGACUGGGAAUUCUAAAUAAAUACCAAACAAUCAUACCUCUCCUAUGCUUCAAAGAAGGAAAAUGUGAUUUCUGUUUGCUGCUUUAGUUUGUAUGAUUAAAAUACAAUUAGACAAGGUAUACUUGAAAAUGCCAUUGAAGUGGCCAUAUUUCAUUAACUACAUCCUCUGUUGGUAUAAUGAAGUGCAGUGUGCCUCACUUUCUGACUGUAAGGAAAACUCUGUAUAGAUCAUGUGUGAA